UCUCAGCAAGCUGCUGGAAGAUGGAAAAGUGUAAAAUUCUGGUAACCCGUUUCAAGGAAGUUCUACGAUCGCUGGACGAUGAAGCCGACUACUUCCGCCCAUUUCAAUUUGCUCUGGUGAUCGGCGGGAUCUACCUAAAAACCAACAACGUACACUUGAGACGAUUGUUUGCGUUCAUUCGUAUUUUGAUUAUCCUAAUGAUUGUGUUUGUACUGGAUCGCAUAUAUAUGUGCGUUUAUGAGUGGAAGUCCGAGGCUGACACUUUCGGAGUGGUCGCUUUUCUUACCGAGACCGUCGUAAUCAUAAUCCGUGCCGGAGCAACCUGGUAUUAUCGCGAGCAUCUGGGACAGGUCCGAGGUUAUCUGUCGUGUAUGUUGAACAACCGAACGGAUCGAGUGGACGGCCGAAAUCAAUCGUACCGGAUAAUACGAUCGGUCUCAUUUUGGGUGCUGAUUUGCUUUGUAGUUGAUUGUAUUCUUAUCCGUGUGUUUGGGCUCUACAACACUAAGAUGCUCGCCACUCCAGACAACUUAGCCGGGCUGGGACCCCAUUGGAAGUUGUUCGGUGACAAUUUCACUAACUGCAUGUUUCUCGUAAUUUCAUUGUUGUCUGUGGCCAAUCUGACGGUACAAAAUUCGGUUCUGAUGGGAUUCUACCAAGCAAUGCAGGAUCUUAUCAACGCGUAUGCAACUUUAUUUUCGCGUGUUGAUGAAGAGAUCGGACUGAUCUUUAGUGAAAAAGCAAAAGAGUUGCAGGAUUUCGAAAAAGAUAUGCUGUUUUGGAAACUGUUGAAACAAGAGUUGAGAGCCACAAUAAUCAGUCACAACGAACUGUUGGAGCAAUUGAGCUAUGUAAAGCGCUUUCUAAGCAUCACGUUUUCAGUUAUGUUUUAUCUGCAUUUCCUAUCACUAACUUGUGCUUUGUUUUACUGUAUUUACAAAGGACUAUCAAUCGAUUCGAUUAUAGAGGGUAGUUACAUCCUAGUGAGUUUGGCAGAAAUGUUUUGGAUAUUUAGGCUUGUUGACGAUCUUAACAAGGCGAACAAAAGUGUUUCCCUCGCCAUCUACAACCUGGACUGGCAUCAACGGUUUAAGUUCGUUCCGGCUUUCCAGUCGGACUAUCGACACGUCCGUGCAGCGUUGCUGCUUGGAAUGAUAACGUCCCAGAGGACGCUUGGGAUUAGUUGUGCCGGAAUAUUUGAGAUUUCUAUUGAAGCUUUUGGACAGUUUAUUUUAAAGAUGUAUAAUGUGCUUACUUUUCUGCUGAACAUGAUUCUCUGAAUGUGCGGAGGUUUUUUUAUUGUAUAAGUGAUUGUCGUUUGUAUUUAUAAGAAUUAGAAUAUUUGUCUAAAAUAAAAAAUACCGUUAAAAUGAGCAUCCCCUGAUGGAAAGUCGUUAAGUCUUAUGACAAUUGAUAUU